AUGGCGCUCCAGGUCACCAGGAACACAAAAGUUAAUGUUGAAAAUAAGGCGAAGAUAGGUAUGGCAGGGGCAAAGCCGGUGCCUCUGGCCUUUGCUGCAGCCUCCAAGCCCCGCCUGAGGCCAAGAACUGCUCUGGGAGACAUUGGUAACAAAGUCAGUGAACAACCACAGGCUAAACUGCCUCUGAAAAAGGAAGCAAAAACUUCGGUUCCUGGAAAAGUCAUUGCUAAAAAAAUACCAAAGCCUUUGGAGAAGGCACCCAAGCCUGUCCCUAUACCUGUGCCAGAACAAGAGCCAGAACUUGAGCCAGUUAAAGAAGAAAAACUUUCACCAGAGCCUAUUUUGGUUGAUACUCCCUCUCCAAGCUGGAUGGAAACAUCUAGAUGUGCCCCUGCAGAAGAAUAUCUGUGUCAAGCUUUCUCUGAUGUAAUUCUUGAGGUGAAUGAUGUAGAUGCAGAAGAUGGAGCUCAUCCAAACCUUUGUAGUGAAUAUGUGAAAGAUAUUUAUGCUUAUCUGAGACAACUUGAAGAACAAGCAGUCAAACCAAAAUACCUACUGGGUUGUGAAGUCACUAGAAACAUGAGAGCUAUCCUAAUUGACUGGCUAGUACAGGUUCAAAUGAAAUUCAGGUUACUGCAGGAGACCAUGUAUGUGACUGUUUCCAUUAUUGACCAGUUCACACAGAAUAACUGUGUGCCCAAGAAGAUGCUGCAGCUGGUUGGUGUCACUGCCAUGUUUAUUGCAAGCAAAUAUGAGGAAACGUACCCUCCAUAAAUUGGUGACUUUGCCUUUGUGACUGACAACACUUAUACUAAACACCAAAUCAGACAGAUGGAAAUGAAGAUUCUAAGAUCUUUAAAUUUUGGUCUGGGCCGCCCUCCACCCCUGCAUUUCCUUCGGAGAGCAUCUAAGAUUGGAGAGGUAGAUGUUGAGCAACAUAUUUUGGCCAAAUACCUGAUGGAACUAUCUAUGUUAGACUACGAUAUGGUGCACUUUCCUCCUUCUCAGAUUGCAGCUGGAGCUUUUUGCUUAGCGCUGAAAAUUCUCGAUAAUGGUGAAUGGACAAUCAAGAACAAGUAUGCCACCUCUAAGCAUGCUAAGAUCAGCACUCUGGCACAGCUAAAUUCUGCAGUAGUUCAAGAUUUAGCCAAGGCUAAGAUCCCGGAGGGCGCUCCUCGCCUUGGUGUCCACCCCUUGCGCGCCCCGGCACCGCUGGAUGCGCUCCAGGCACGACACCUGCAGCCGGCGCCAGGGCACCAGCCAGAGCGCAGGCUUCGGGCCUCAGACUCGCCCGCGCCCCGGGGCACCGCCGCCAGGCCUUGGAGGGCACACGUGCGCAGAAGAGGGCGCCGGGUCCCUUCGCCCCGAAAUACAUCUCCCGGAAUGAAUGCGCGGCUGCGGCGCGGCACCUGCGCAGCGAGAGGCCGAGAGGCCGAGAGGCCCGGCCCGGGGGCGGCGGGGCGCCUCGCGUCGGAUUGCAGCGCUGCGCUCGCUCGCACGGACCCCAGCCCCUCCGUCCCCAAACCGGUCCUGCAGAAAGACCCAGUUGGAGGACCAGCGGGCGCACGAGCCUAG